UGGGAAUGUGGGAAAGGACACCCCUAUUCUUCGAAUAGAAUUUCCCUGCUAGCCAAGAUGGCGGACUAAGUUUGUUAUUUUGGAUGCGUAUCUAAAAUUCGGUCGUCAAUUUGGUCCUUUUGUGACUAUCGAUCGUUAUCAAAUAAGACGUGAGUAUCAGAAAUGAAGGGUAGAUUCAGCACUGUUGAUCUGAGGGCCAUCCUCACCGAAAUCAAGGACAGUGUUUUGGGCAUGAGGGUGGCCAAUGUCUAUGACAUCGACAACAAGACUUAUCUCAUCAAGCUGGUCAAAACUGAUGAGAAGAAGAUGCUGUUGCUUGAGUCAGGCACGCGGCUCUAUGCCACUUCUUUUGACUGGCCCAAGAACAUGAUGCCCUCUGGCUUCAGCAUGAAGCUGCGUAAACACCUGCGGACAAGGCGUCUCAUCAGCAUUCAGCAGCUGGGGUCGGACAGGAUUGUAGACAUGCAGUUUGGAGAGAACGAGGCAGCGUACCACCUUAUUGUGGAACUUUAUGAUAGGGGCAACCUGAUCCUGACAGACUAUGAGUACACCAUCCUGAACCUGCUGAGGACCAGGACAGAAGGAGACGAUGUCAGGUUUGCCGUCCGGGAAAAGUACCCCCUGGAACUGGCUCGCCCCCCUCAGCCUCUCAUCAGCUUAGAAAACCUAAGAGAAGUGAUGGUUGAGGCAAAGUCUGGAGAUGCCCUGAAGCGCAUCCUGAAUUCCAAACUAGUGUACGGUCCUGCAGUCCUGGACCAUUGUCUGUUGAAUGCAGGAUUUCCUGAAGGUGCCAAGGUGGGGAGAGACUUCGAUGUCUCGCAAGACCUGCCACAGCUCAUGGCAGCCUUGGUGGAAGCUGAGAAGUUUUUGGAGGCGUCAGGUUCACAGCCAUGUCAGGGCUACAUUGUGCAAAAGAGAGAGAAGAAACCAAAACAAGACGGAGGCCCUGCUGAAGAGUUGUUAACGUAUGCUGAGUUUCAUCCCUUCCAGUUCAAACAACAUGAGAAAAGCCCCUGUGUAGAAUUCCCUUCAUUUAACAAGGCGGUGGACGAGUUUUUCUCUCAGCUGGAGUCCCAGCGGCUGGACCUGAAGGCCCUGCAGCAGGAGAAGGUCGCCAUCAAGAAACUGGAGAAUGUCAAGAAGGAUCAUGAGCGCCGCCUGGAGACCCUGCAGAAAGUGCAGGAUGAGGACAAACAUAAAGCUCAGUUGAUUGAGCUGAACUUAGAUUUGGUGGACAAGGCCAUCCUGGUAGUUCGCAGUGCCAUAGCUAACCAAAUUGACUGGACAGAGAUUUGGGACAUUGUGAAGGAGGCACAGGCACAGGGGGACCCUGUAGCCUCCACCAUCAAGUCACUCAAGCUGGACAGUAACCACAUCACUCUGGUCCUCAGGAACCCGUUCUCUGGUUAUGAGUCUGACAGUGAGGGGGAUGAUGACAAGGCAGGGGUAGGGAGGGAAGCAUCCAGUGACCGGCCCAUGAAGAUUGACAUUGACCUGGCCCUGUCAGCAUAUGCAAAUGCCAAGAAAUACUAUGAUCAAAAGAGACAUGCUGCAAAGAAGGAACAGAAAACAAUAGAUGCCUCUGAGAAGGCAGUGAAGAAUGCAGAAAGAAAGACAAAGGAAACGCUGAAGGACGUGUCCACAGUAACCAAAAUAAACAGCAGAAAAACAUACUGGUUUGAGAAGUUCCUGUGGUUCAUCACCUCUGAGAACUACCUGGUGAUCGCCGGGCGGGACUCCCAGCAGAACGAACUCAUCGUCAAGAGACAUCUUAAGCCAGGUGACCUGUAUGUACAUGCUGACCUGCAUGGGGCCACCAGCUGUGUCAUUCAGAACCACUCAAGUAACUCAGUGCCACCCAAGAGUCUGAACGAGGCUGGGACCUUUGCCAUCUGCCACAGCGCAGCCUGGGAUGCCAAGGUGGUGACGAGUGCCUGGUACGUGCACCAUGACCAGGUCUCUAAGACUGCCCCAACUGGAGAAUAUCUGACCACAGGAAGCUUCAUGAUCAGGGGCAAGAAGAAUUACCUACCCCCCUCCCACCUCAUCCUUGGCUUUGGAUUCAUUUUUAAGGUCGAUGACUCCUGCAUCUGGAGACACAAAGAUGAGAGGAAAGUUCGCAUCGCAGAGGAAGACGAGGAAUCAGUGGCAGACUCACAAGCAACUGAAGGUGACCCUGAGGUAGAGGUACAAGAUGACCUUAAAAGCAGCAGCAGUGGCACAGAAUCUGGGGAUGAGGCAGCCCCAGAGAAAGAUGGUACAAACUCUGGGAACAAGGUGGCUCCAGAGGCCACUGGGGAACAAGGUACAGUCACUGUACAAGUAGUAGAGGAAGAGACAAAGAAAACCAAGGAAGAGGAGGAGGAAGAAGAGAGUCUGUUCCCUGAUACAGGCCUGACCUUCCAACAUGUUGGUGGUGGAAAUGCUGAAGAGUCCAUAAAUGGAAUUAAUGAUUUGGAAGGCUCAAAAGUGGAGGAGGAGAGAGACGAUGUGACAGAGGAGGUCAAGGAACAAAAUGGAAACAUGGCAAAUGGGGAAAGAUUUGAGCUGCACAGAGCCCCCAGUGAGACAACAGAAGAUGACACAAAGAUAUACCUGGGUGAUGAUGAGAUGUUAGAUCUUAACCAGAUAACUGGCAAUCCUCGUCACCAUCUUUCUGCAAAACAAAGAAAAGAGUUGCGACGUAAGAAGAAGCAGACCCCCCACGGAGAUGACGAAAGCGAGGAUACGCAGUACUUUGCUGACAGGUCUGGACAGGAGGAGAACCAGGCACCACACGGACAGCAGGAAAGGUCCAUGGAUAAUGUGGAGCAAAAGAACUCACAGUCACAGGAAAUUCAGCCCAAGAGGGGACAAAAGGCUAAACAAAAGAAGAUGAGGAAGAAGUACAAGGAUCAGGAUGAGGAGGAGAGACAGAUGAGGAUGGAACUUCUCAGGUCUGAAGGCAAUCCUGACAAGGAUGAUAAGAAGAAGAAAGGAAAGAAAAACAAACAGAAGGAACAACAGCAGAGACCACAGUCUGCACAGCAAAGAAAACAAGGAAAGGGAGGUCAGGCUUCACAUGCAUUCAAGGACUCUAUGGUCAUUCAUGAAGAUGAUGCCACUGUGCCAAUACAAGCCCAUGUACAAGAGGGAGAAGUUGCCAAGGAAGAGCCAGAGUCAGACGAGGAGAAAGAUGCUGUCCUGGCUGGGGAGAACAUCAAGCUAGUGGAGGCCUCGUCAGUUCUGGACACGCUGACCGGCUGUCCGCACCCUGAGGACAUCCUACUCUUCGCCAUUCCAGUGUGCGCUCCAUACUCCGCCAUGAACAACUUCAAGUACAAGGUCAAGUUGGUUCCUGGUUCUAACAAGAAAGGAAAAGUGGCAAAGACAGCACUGGGCAUGUUCACAUAUUCUAAGGAAGCUAGUUCUAUGGAGAAGGACCUCUUCAAAAGUGUCAAGGAUGCAGACUUGUCCCGGGGCAUCCCUGGGAAAGUGAAGAUGUCAGCUGCCAACCUGAACCAGCUCAAACAGAAGAAGAGAUGACGGCAUACUGUAAAUCUUUAAACUUCUGCAGUGGGCUUAUUUGGGUGGUGAAUUCAUGACACCGCAGAUUCAUUCACAGUAUUAUCAGAACCACCAGGAGAAAACAUCUUUCAGGAGAAAAAGUGCUUUGGUAACAAGGAACUGCAAGUUUUUUCUUGCAAAAAGCUGCAACAAGUCGUGAACUUAUUGUAAUUCAUAUCAAUAAGAGAUGAGGAAGGUUGCUACAAAGGUGAAAUUCUUUGACAAAUGAAUAUGAUAAAUGAUCUAUUAAGUCAGAAUUUUUUUAUGUAAGUCAGUCUUGUUAUAAGUCAAGUUUCAAACAACAGGGAAAAACGCUAAACAAGAAUGUCAGGAAGCUACCCUGUAUCAGGAAGCUACCCGUAAUAUUAUUCCACUCAUCACAACUUCUUUCCUGACAGUGCAUUUGCCAACACUUACUGGUGUAAGGUACAUUAAUCUCAGAACAAUACAUGUCAAAUGUAUGCUAAUGUAUACUGCAUACUCUAGUCUACGUUUAUGGAUUCAAAUUAAGUUAAACACAAUUAGACAGGUGUGCAUCUGAAUAGUUUUCAGUCACAUCUAUGACAAUACAAGGAAUUUGGUAGCUAUGUUAUACAUGUGUAUGUUCAAAAAUCUGUUGUCAAACAUAGCACUAAAUAGUAUUAAAGACUGGAGGAAUGAAAUAGCCCCAAACAUGUAUCAAUAGUUCCACACAAUUAUUAUAUGCUUAGCCUGCAGAUAUUUUCACAAAAGAAGAUUACAAAUAAAGGCUCCUGUGCCAUCGAAUCAUUCACUGAAGUUACUACAUUUACUCUUUCGUCCCAUAUUCUCGAAAAAGUCUCUUCUACAAUAAGUCAAUCUUAAAAGAAAUCUCAGGUUUGAAAGACAAUAUAGAAUUAAAAUACAGCUAUCAAAAUAGGAUGCAUAUUCACACUUGCUUUACAAAAUCUCAUUCAAAAUCUAGC